AUGGCGAAGAAGGGAGAGGAGGGGCCGGGGGUUGUGGUGGAGGAGCUGCCGAGAACCAUAGUUCGGAGAAUCGUCAAGGACAAGCUGUCCCGGCUGUCGUCCUCUUCUUCCUCGUCGUCUCGUGGCGUAGGGAGAGGAGACGGCGCCGGAGAAGAUAGGGAAGGGGACAAGGAAGGAGACGGGAUGAAUGUCCACAAGGAAGCUCUCCUCGCCUUUUCCGAGAGCGCCCGCAUCUUCAUCCACUACCUUUCUGCCACGUACGAUCGCCGUUCUCAUUCACUCUGCGCGUACCUGUAUCGUCUGAUCUCCUCGUUUCUUUCCUAGAAUCAUGCAAGACAUGGAGCCUUUUGAGAUUAAAAGGAGAAGGGGUUUUCGACAUGGUUGUUUCUCCCAGGAAUGCCUGCCUGUCUCUCCCUAUCUGGGUUCGCCUCCAUGGCGGCUCAUUUCCCCGAGGGGAUGGGCAGCAGAUCAAACUCCACCUUGAGAUCUCGCCGGCCGCGCUUAGCAGCGAGAGGGAACGGCGUUGCCGAUGGAAGUUGGAAGAUUGGAUCUCCUUGAGAAACCCAUUACCCGCCGGUUUGGAUCCUUCAGAAUCUGAGGGGCCGUGUGUUAGGCGAUUCAAUGCGACCCUUUCCGUUUCUUAGUCUCUCGGGCAUUCCCAUGAUCUUAUCGAUUUCUUCUUAUUCUUCCUGGUUUCAUCUCAAAAUCUGCUCUUUCUCAUGCGCUGAUGCGGCGGGACUCACGCAGAUCAUCGAUCACCGUGAUCUUUCCCCUGAUCUCUCUCUUCUUGCAGGGCGAACGACAUCUGCAAGGAAUCAAAAAGGCAAAUAAUCAACGCAGAGGACGUGUUCAAGGCGCUCGAGGAGAUCGAAUUCCCUGAGUUCAUCGCGCCCCUCAAAGCUUCCUUAGAGGGUACGACACCUCUGAUGUUCUCUAGCUUCUUAGUCAUCUUGCAGGCAGAAGGCGGAUGAACUUUUCCGUAUGCUUCUUAUUCUAAGUUCUUUUCCAGAUUUCAGAAGGAAAAAUGCGGCGAAGAAAGCCGAAUCAAAACCGCGGGAGAAGAAACGGAAGGCGGAGAGGGAUGCGGCGGCCGCGACGAACGGGAAAGCAGACGGCGGCGAAGACGUUGAUGAUGCAGAGGAGAAUGAGGACAGAGACCAUGCCCUUGAUGAAUAG